AUGCUAUCCAAACUCCCAGACUGGAUUGUCACCAGAUGGGGAAGAAUUGUAAACCAAACAAAGGAAGAAGGGAAUAACUUUCCUCCCUUUAAGGACUUUGUAGCAUUCGUUCAGAAGGAGGCGAAGAUUGCAUGCGAUCCAGUCACUUCACUGCAGUCUUUCCGUACAGAUCAUGGGGAUGAUUCGAAAUCUGCUAAGGUCACAAGACCUACAACAGGACGAACGCUGAUGACAGAGGCUUCGCCGAAGGAAGCUAAACCCUGUGGAACUUGUAUUUUGUGUAAGAAUAACCACGAUCUGGAUUGUUGUAAACAAUUCCUAUCCAAACCGUUGGAUAAACGUAAGGAAUAUGCAAGGGAGAAUGGUCUUUGUUUUGGAUGUCUUGGGACAGGACACAUAUCAAAGAAAUGUACUCAGCGGAAACAAUGUAAAACAUGCGCCAAACCCCAUCCCAGUUCCUUACAUGGCGAUCUGCGAAAGUCAAAGCCUAAUGACAAAAAUAAUAAUGUUAUAAAUAAUACGAACCUUGAUGGCGUUAAGGCUCCUGCGUCUACUAAUUCCCAUGUGCACGCUGCAUUCAACAGUACAGGUACAAGUUGUAUACCAGUGUAUAUUUCUCAUUGUGACAACCCCGGAAGGGAGAAAUUGGCUUAUGCCUUGUUGGAUACGCAGUCAGAUACUACGUUUUUUCUGGAGGAUACGUGUAGAUCUCUUGGAAUUUCGGGUAUGUAUGUCAAACUUCUGCUUUCUACCAUGUAUGCAGAAAAUCGAGUAGUGGACAGUCGCAAGGUAAAGGGCCUCGCCGUCCGUGGAUUUAACAGUUCUCUGAGCAUACCACUCCCCGAUACUUUCACACGAAGCAUCAUGCCGGCCAACCGAGCCCACAUUCGUACACCGGAAAAGGCCAGACAAUGGUCUUACUUGGAGCCUAUUGGUGAGCUAAUGCCGUUAACCGAUUGCGAAGUCGGACUGCUCAUCGGAUAUAAUUGUGCGCGUGCGUUGGCUCCGCGUGAGGUAAUUGCGCCAAGCGACAGUAGACCCUAUGGUCAGAGGACUGACCUUGGAUGGGGCAUUGUGGGUACUGUUGAUGGGGCUAGUGUAGAAGACGUUGAUCCUGUUGGCACGAGCCAUCGUAGUAUUACGUGUACGGUGCCACCUGCUCUAUCAUCGGGUGAUAGCGAAAAGGUUCCUGACCAUGUAGUCUUCUCCUUUAGGUGUAGUAUCAAGGAGAUUAUUAAUCCCGAAGAACUCGCGUUGAUGCUAGAACAGGAUUUCAACGAACCCAGUGAUACCAACGCAACUUAUUCGCAUGAGGAUCGUCAAUUCCUCAACCUGCUGAAGGACGGAAUUCACAUCGACAACGGACAUUAUGAGAUGCCAUGCCGUGCCUUCCUAACAACAAGACGUUGGCACUAA